CUCUCUCUAUGAUUCCGGCAAAGAAUCAAUUAAGGAUGUCGUCGGAGACAAGGUCACCUCUACCUCUGCUGUUCCGAAGGCGGUCGAGUGAUGAGAUCAAGAACUUGACGUCAGUUUCCAGCAGCCUUUUACCGGCGUUUGGAACCGUCGUGGAUGACGGAUACUCGCAGCUUAAGAAAUAUGUUAUUGCUCCCUACGAUCGUAGAUACAGGUGGUGGCAGACAUUUCUGGUGGUGCUAGUCGUAUACUCAGCAUGGGCAUCACCUUUCGAGCUAGCUUUCCGAAAAGUUGCAACUGGGUCACUCAUGCCCGUUGAUUUAGUCGUAGAUGCCCUCUUUGCCGUCGAUAUUAUUGUUACUUUUUUUGUGGCUUACUUGGAUAAGUCAACCUAUCUCCUCGUAGAUGAUCACAAGAAAAUUGCUUUAAGGUAUGUCAGAAAAUUAUGGUUUCCCAUGGACGUGGCCUCAACCCUACCCUUUCAGUUAAUACACAGAAUCUUCACCAGCAGAAUGAACCAUGGUGAGCUCUUUGGCUUCCUCAACAUGCUUCGCCUAUGGCGACUCCGCCGUGUCAGUGAACUUUUCACAAGGCUAGAGAAAGACACACGCUUCAGCUACUUUUGGACAAGAUACUCUAAGCUAAUAUGCGUCACACUGUUUGCUGUGCACUCAGCUGGCUGCUUCUAUUUCUGGCUUGCCAUCAAUCAUAGCAAACCGGAGAACACGUGGAUUGGAACACUAGUCGAGGACUUUGAACAUAGGAGCAUUUGGUUGGGCUACACCUACUCCAUGUAUUGGUCAAUUGUCACCCUCACCACCGUUGGCUAUGGAGACCUGCAUGCAGUGAAUACAGGGGAGAAGGUUUUCAAUAUGUUAUACAUGCUAUUUAACAUUGGCCUCACUGCUUAUUUGAUUGGAAAUAUGACCAUUCUCAUCGUCCACAGUGCUUUACGAACAUUUAUCAUGAGAGAUGCCAUCAAUAAGACAUUGCGAUAUGCAAGCAAGAAUAGACUUCCAGAAGGCCUGAGAGAGCAAAUGCUGGCACACGUGCAACUCAAAUUCAAGACAGCAGAGCUAAAGCAGGAUAAAGUGCUAGAGGACCUGCCCAAGGCAAUAAGGUCAGGCAUUGCUCAGCAUCUUUUUUGCAGGACCGUUGAGACGGCCUACCUAUUUAAAGGAAUCUCCGAAGACCUUAUCAUCCAGUUGGUGUCAGAGAUUAGAGCAGAAUAUUUUCCACCUAAGGUGGAUAUUAUCUUACAAAACGAAAUACCAACAGAUUUCUACAUCAUAGUGUCAGGAGCAGUGGACAUGGUGACAUACAAGAAUGGGACAGAACAGUUUUUGUUAAAACUAGGAUCUGCAGACAUGGCAGGGGAAAUAGGGGUAAUUUUCAAUAUCCCACAACCUUUUACAGUGAGAACUAGGAGAUUGUCUCAGGUCAUUAGAAUCAGUCAUCAUGAUUUCAAGCAAAUGGUGCAGCAACAUGGUGAAGAUGGAAAGACAAUGAUCAACAACUUCAUUCAGUAUUUGAAGGGCUUAAAACAAGAGAUGCUAGAAGAAAUACCAUUUCUAACAGAAUUGCUUGGUGACCUGACUAUAGAGCAUACAGCACCAAAUGAGGGCACACAGAAUCAUGAAGCAUUGAGUUAUGACGAAGAUCCAAAUGUAGAAGGAACUCAAGAAACUUCUACAACAGUAUCAAGCACAUUUCCCAUAAGGUUGAUAGUCCAUGGCCAUCAUCCAAAUGAAAAUGCUAUGGAAGAUGACUCGAUGGGAAAGCUGAUAAAUCUGCCCGACUCAAUAGAAGACCUUUUCAGAUUAGCAGAGAAAAAAUUUGGCAAAAGAGGAAGCACAAUUCUCAUGGCUGAUGGCUCGGAAGUGGAAGAAUUGAGUGCUUUAAGAGAGAAUGAUCACUUGUUUAUCUUUUGAAAACUAAGACGACAUUUGACCAAAUGGAAGUGUAAGUCAUCUAUUACAAUGGUUAAGUGAUGAUUUCAAUCAUUUUCCAAGUAUUUUAGAUGCAUGAUGGUGGAAUACAUAACAGGGACAAAAAUAUAUGCCAAGUAUGAUAUGU